AUGGCCUCAUCCUCCAAGACGAGCUCUUUGCUCUACUCAUGCAUCGCCUAUCGCACUACCAUUCUGGCCGAGCACUCCUCGCCGGGUAGUUCAACGAGUGCCGCCUCGUCACUAGCCUCAAUCAUCCUCCCAAAGAUCACGCACGACAAGCCACAAAAGCUCACCUUCACCCAUGAACGACUGUUCGUCCAUUACAUUGCCGACUCGCCAACCGGCAACCAAUCCGGCGAUGGCAACAUUGCGGAGCCCAACUCACACGCUCCCCUGAGCUUCCUGGUAGUUGCAUCGGCAGAGCAAGGCCGCCGCAUCCCAUUCGCCUACCUGCUAGAAAUGAAGCGCAAGUUCUUAACCACCUACAACCCGUCCACAACCGACUUCGCUACACUGCCCGCCUACGGCUGCGCUGCCUUCAACAACGAGCUGCGCUCUCUCCUCCAAUCCUACAACACCGCCCCGCCAGCAGACUCCCUCGCGUCCGCCCGGCGCGAAAUCGAUAGCGUCCGCGAUAUUAUGACCGAGAAUAUCGAGCGGGUCCUGGAGCGCGGCGAGCGCAUUGAUCUGCUGGUUGACAAGACGGAUCGGCUUGGCGGAAGUGCGCAUGACUUCCGGAUUCGUAGCCGGGGACUGCGGAGGCGGAUGUGGUGGAAGAAUACCAAGUUGAUGAUUAUGAUUGUGAUCGUCAUUAUCUUCUUGCUGUAUCUGUUCAUUGGUAUGGGGUGUGGACUACCUGCAUGGGGGAAGUGUGUUGGACACUAG